AUGGAGAAAGAUGCACUGUGUACGAUCAAAGCCGUGCGCACGAACUACUUGCAGAUCGAUCGGAGUUUUGCUCCGCAGAUUUCGCUUCACCUCGUUCGAAUCCCUCCGGUGGCUGUGAUGUUGCAGGUGGAGAUCAAGCCCGAACAUGUGGACGAGUUCAUCCAGGUGAUGAAAGCAGACGCGAAAGGCUCGCGCCAGGAGGAAGGCUGCCUGCGUUUCGACUUCCUUCGUCAUGUCGACAACCCUUGCAAGUUCAUGACAUACGAGGUCUUUGCGAACGCUGCGGCCGUAACUGCACACGGCGCAAUGCCGUAUGUGAAAGCGUGGGGCGCUUUCCAGUACGGUGACAAGAAGCCGGUGGUCAGUAAGACGGUCCUACGAGCUGAUGCUCUCAGCUUCCAAAUGCAGAGCCCCUCUCCAGCCGACAAUCCAGUGGUCGUUGUCUUCGAGGCCGAUGUGAAGGAUGAAUGCGUGACCGACUUCGUCGAGGUUAUGACGGCGAACGCCCGCGGCUCCCGCUCCGAGGCGGGAUGCCUUCGUUUCGACUUGCUUCGUGGCCAGGAGGGCAACCGUGGCCGCUUCGUAAGCUACGAGGUCUUUGAGUCUGCAGAUGCCAUUGAGAAGCACAAGGAGAUGCCCUACACAAAAGCUUGGGGGGCCUUCCAAUAUGGGGACAAGCAGCCCUUGGCAAGCAAGACGGUCACGAAGUACACGGUUUUGGAUCUCCAAGCACCCGAGUUGCUGACUUGA